CCGGUUGGUGGCGGUAAUGAAACUUUAAGCGGGUUUUACCAAUAAACCCACGAAGAAGAACAACAACAGGAGAGAAGAAGAAGUCACUACACCCUCCGCUGUUUUUACUCCGAACUUUCCUUCAUCGAAUCGAACUUUUCUUCUUUCCUAUCAGAACUCGGGUUUACAGAUCCGGAUCAGAAGCGGGUCCGCGAGUCCAAGCAGAGCAGGGAUUUUCAUCGUCUGAUCUCAUUAACGCCGACUGAGGAAGAGGAGGAGGAGGAGGAGCUGAUCCAUCUCUGCUCCUCGAGACAUGAGCCCUGCCCUCCUGCACUAGACCCGGACCAGGACUGCAGGCCAGGAUGGGGAACAGCGCGCUGAAGUCCCACUUGGAGACGUCCCAGAAGACGGGCGUGUUUCAGCUGACAGGAAAAGGUCUGCCAGAGUUUCCAGAGGAACUUCAGAGACUCACGUCCAACCUGAGGACUGUGGAUCUGUCCGGGAACAAGAUCGAGGUCCUUCCUGCGUUCAUCGGGAACUUCCUGCAGCUGAAGAGUCUGACCCUGAACUGCAACCGUCUCACUGUCCUCCCUGAGGACAUCGGGAAGCUAAAGAAGCUGGAGACCCUGAGUCUGAACGGGAACCGGCUCCAGCAGUUGCCCCCYGCUGUGGGCCAGCUCAGAGCCCUGCGGACCCUCAGCCUGUCYGGGAACCAGUUCUCUAGUUUCCCCUCUGGACUGGGAACCCUGAGGCACCUGGACCUGCUGGACYUGUCUCAGAACCAGAUCCGGACCGUUCCUGCGGAGGUAUCUGAGCUGCAGGCUAUCGAGAUCAACCUCAACCAGAACCAGAUCUCAGGACUGUCAGCGGAGGUGUCCCGCUGUCCCCGUCUGAAGGUCCUCCGUCUGGAGGAGAACUGUCUGGAACUGUCCUCCAUCCCCUCGUCCAUCCUGACCCAGUCCCAGGUGUCCCUGUUCUCUGUGGAGGGAAACCUGUUUGAGGUAAAGAAGCUGCGAGACCUGGAGGGCUACGACCAGUACAUGGAGCGUUUCACCGCCACCAAGAAGAAGUUUGCCUGAAGAACCCCUGAGAGUCCAAGUCCUGGACCCAACAAGACCUGACCCUGCAGCUAGACUGGUCUAACACCCCCCCACAAGACUCUGCAGCCAGACCGGUCUAAUAACCCCCACAAGACCCUGCAGCCAGACCGGUCUACCCCCCACCUACCCAAGAUCCUGCAGCCAGACUGGUCUAACACCCGCCCCCAAGACCCUGCAGCCAGACCGGUCUAACACCCCCGCUAAGACCUGACCCUGCAGCCAGACUGGUCUAACAACCCCCCACAAGAUCCUGCAGCCAGACUGGUUCUGAUGGAGAAAGAUGCUAAAAACCGAGACGAUGUCUCACUCUGGUGAUGAUGGACGACAUGAAUCUGAUUUAACAAACAGACAUUUCAGAGCAGUUCUGGAACUGUUCUGGAUCAGUUCUGGAACUGUUCUGGAACUGUUUUGGAUCAGUUCUGGAACUGUUCAGAUCUGUUCUGGAACUGUUCUGGAUCAGUUCUGGAUCAGUUCUGGAACAGUUCUGGAUCAGUUCUGAAACUGUUCUGGAUCAAAUGAACCUCACACAGCUGAUCCACACAGGACAGACUCCUGGGAAGUUUUUUUAUUUCUGAAGUGAUUUUGCUAAAACCUCAGACCUGUACCUGACUGGACCCAGACCAGACGGAGGUCCAGAACUGUUGAAUAUCUGUGAACUUUGAUCUGGAUCCAAACAGAACCGACAUGUUUGUCUCGUAGCUCCGGUCCUGCUGAGUUCGUUCACGUGUUGGGGAGACACCCGAACUUUGUUUGUCUGUAGAUGUUCUGGUCCCGGAUGAUCCGGUUCAUUCUGGUCCCAGAUGUCCUGGACGUUCUGGUCUCUGAUGUUCUGGUCCCAGAAGGUCUCUUUGCUGCCAUGAGGGGCGAUCAUGUAAUCGAUGUUAGCGAACAGAAGGUGGUGGUAGCUGAGAGUUGUCCUCAUCAAAUCCUCUGAGGGCUAACAGGAUCUUUGUUUCACACUUCAAAGGUUUUCUGUCUGAAGUCACUUCUGCACAUUUCUGACACAAAACAUCUGAAUCUUCAUCGCCUCGUUAGUAUCCAUCAGGUUCUGGUUCUGUGAAAACAUUAAAGCUGCAUGAUUGAAUCCAGGAGUUUUAUUAAAUGUUUGUUCUGUUUGCUCCUGAUGUUCUGAAUGUCUGAACUGAUGAAAUAAAUGUUGGACUCAUUAAUUUAUAAAACCUGUUUCAGGAUGAACUGAA